CUGUAGCUUUAUGGCGAAAAAAAAAGAGAGGCUUUAUGGCGAAGUAAGUUUGUUUUUAGCCUCUAACAAGAUAAUUAAGUUUUGCGUAACUUGUUUUACCGCAAUUUUUAUUCGAAGAAAACUAUUAUAAUAUAUGAGUUAUAUAAACGGUAGUGGCACCGCCUAAACGACGCAAUGGUGCAGUCUCAGUUUUCUUUAUCUUGGGACGCGUAUAAAUCCAGUAUUUGUAGCGGGUUUAGUGCUUUGCAACAGAAUGGAGAGCUGGUGGAUAUGACCCUUGCAGCUGAUGGUCACUUCGUGAAAGUUCACCAGGUGCUUAUGGCUCUUGUGAGCCCAUACUUGAAGGAACUUAUUACUUCUGCUCCAUGUCAGCAUCCCGUAAUUUUUCUCAAUAAUGUUUCACAUAAAACAUUAAGUGCUCUUUUGGAAUACAUUUAUACUGGUGAAGUACUUGUACCGUCAGAAAAUUUGGGUGCGUUUGUGGAGACUGCAAAGAAUCUACGUAUUAGAGGAUUGGAAAAUUUAAGAAACACAGAUAAUGUAGGCUUUAAGGUAGUAGACACAUCAUCACAGUUUGAAGACAUUGAAAUGUGUCAUGUUAGUGGAAUCAAGAGGCUGGGAUUUGCUACCAACAGUGGCUUUGAACAGAUUGAGGUGCCAGCAGCUGCAAGAAAGAUAUUCAUAAAACGCGAUGAGUUAAUGAAGAGCAAAAUCAAAACCCCAAAGAAAGAGGCCACAGAAAUGACGCAGGCAACAUCGGACUCGCACGACUUUACAGCUCACGAUGACGUAAUGGAUGACACGGUUAACGACUCAGAUGACUACGGCACACCCAAACCUUCGACACGGAAAUCACAGUCCUGUAGUGCGUCAAAUCUUCAAUAUUCGAUAUCAAUCCGUGGCGCUUUGCAAAUAAUACUGAACCGGUACAUUUACAACAUGUUCUCGACGAAAAGCAAGAAUGGGAUAAGGCGCUGGCGAUGUGUUGAUUAUCGAAACAUGCGAUGCAAAGCUUUUGUUGUCACUAAAGGAAACGUUGUAUUGAACAGGGCGAAUCUCCACAAUCAUCCGUUUCAUGAUAAAAAGAUACUUCAAAAAAUAGAAAAGCAAUCGGUAUUUUCAGCACUGGAAGAAAUAGCUAAUUACAAAGAUAAAUUAGAUAAAGAGGAAGAAAAAGGUGAUGAGUCUUCAGUGGAGUUUCAGGGUUACGACGCACUAGACCUCGAUGAUGCGAUGCCCGACGGUAGCAAAGGCAACCAAGGAUUAGAGCCAAUUGAGUAAAUUAGUUCGGUCCCGUGUUAUUGUUAUUACAUACCAAUAUCAUUAUUUUAAUUUAUAGUAUAAAGGUUUUAGGUAAUUAACUAAAAGUCAACAAACUUCAGCUGUAACUUGGUUAACCGGUCAAAUACAAUAUUUAGUAAUGUGUUUCAUACGUCCUAUUGCUGCUGUGCUCGUUAAUUUGGUCGCAUGUAUUAGCUGUCAUUUUAUGUUGUUUAUCGUGGAAAAUUUAUGAUACGUGUUUUAAGUAUCUUUAAUUAAAUAUUAUAUUUGUAUACACUUCCGGACACAUAAUUCGAGCCACCACGCAUUUUCAGUUUUAAGAGCCCUAAGCUUAAACAAUGUUUUAUUGAUCAAAAACUAUUAUG